CAAAGCCUCCAGUAAAUGAACCGAGGGAACCAGAACAGCUUCUAAUGCAGGCGCCCCAGGGAAAUCCACUGCUGCUUUCCCACACCCUACAAGAGCUAUUGAGCAAGGAUAGCGUGCAAGUGGAGCUUAUACCUGAGAAGAAGGGCCUUUUUCUGAAACACGUGGAAUAUGAGGUUUCCAGCAAGCGCUUCAAGUGCUCGGUGUACAGACGAUACAACGAUUUUGUGGUGUUCCAUGAGAUGCUGCUUCAGAAGUUUCCCUACCGCAUGGUGCCGGCACUGCCCCCAAAGCGGAUGCUGGGAGCUGACCGAGAAUUCAUAGAGUCGAGGAGGAGAGCCCUGAAGCGUUUUAUAAACCUGGUGGCACGGCACCCCCCCUUCUCAGAAGAUGUGCUCCUGAAGCUCUUUUUGUCCUUCAGUGGCUCAGAUGUGCAGAAUAAGCUAAGAGAGUUGGUCCAAGGAGUGGGAGAUGAAUUCAUGACUUGCAGACUAGCUACCCAAGCCAAGGAUUUCCUUCCAGCUGACAUACAGGCCCAGUUUGCUGCCAGCAGGGAGCUCAUCAGGAAUAUUUAUAACAGCUUUUAUAAGCUUCGGGACCGUGCAGAGAGGAUAGCUUCUCGAGCCAUUGAUAAUGCAUCAGAUCUCCUCAUAUUUGGAAGGGAACUAAGCGCUUUGGGCUCAGACACUACCCCGCUGCCUUCCUGGGCUGCUUUGAACAACAGCACGUGGGGGACUCUGAAACAAGCCUUGAAGGGUCUUUCUGUUGAAUUUGCACUUCUGGCAGAUAAAGCUGUGCAACAGGGUAAACAGGAAGAGAAUGAUGUGGUGGAGAAGCUGAACCUUUUCCUGGAUUUACUCCAGUCCUAUAAAGACCUGUGUGAAAGACAUGAGAAGGGCGUAUUGCACAAGCACCAGCGAGCACUGCAUAAGUACAGCAUGAUGAAGAGGCAGAUGAUGAGUGCCACUGUGCAGAACAAGGAACCAGAAUCCGUGGAGCAGCUGGAGUCUCGGAUUGUGGAGGAGACACAGCUCAUCCACAUCUAUCUGCCUCUCACGUCUCACAUCUUGGGGGCCUUUGUCAACUCCCAGAUCCAGGGUCACAGAGAGAUGAGUAAAGUUUGGAAUGAACUGAAGCCGAAGCUGAGCUGCCUCUUCGUGGGAUCUAGCAAUAUGCCAACGCCACCAUUGUCACCUCCAGAGGGAAACUUCUUCUCCAAUUAAUGCUCUGACCACCUAGGACGGAACAAGAAGUGGUGUCAAGGGAGGGUGGGAUCUCUACCUCCAAAUGUUAGAAUGAGUCCUCCAAACAGCUAUUAUUUUUUUAUAUUGCUGCUUUGAGCUGCUCUCUGAAUUAGACUGGAUAUAGGGCAGAAUAUACAGCUAUAAAGACAAUCUCUUAAAUUUGAAGUGCUUUAGGGCAGGUCUGAGUUCGCUGUCCUGCAGACAUCUUCCUAGUGUCCAGAUGUGACCAGUGUCAUAAGUGCUGCAAUUCUGUCCCGGGUGCCUCUGCAUCUUGUACGGACAGUCCUGCAAUAUAUGUCUGCACAUGUGCUGACAAACACCUGGGCUGCUGAGAUGAACAGGGUAUCUGAAGCCCUUGCUUACCGAAGAGAUAUAUGGUUUGCCUUUGAAGCUUGGGGGAUGUAUGUUAGAGGUAUAUGUGCAUAAGGAAGGAUGAAGGCUGUUCUCAGUUCCACUGCUUGGUGCCUGGAAUUUUUACUGCUAGACUUUUGAGCAAAAUACAUGAACAUACUGGUUGGAUUCACUAAUCCAGCUGGGUUGGCUCAGUGCUGCUGUGAGGCAGCCAUUUCCCAGUGAGCCUAAGCAGGCUAUAUGUCAAGGUGAUUCAAUUCAUGGUUGCAGGGCAGCCUAGGGACUUGGUUGUAUUUUUCAGUUUGGGGCCAAAGAUGACUGGGUUUGGGAGCUCAGAAGAGUUUCCCUAGCAUAAAUGAGAAAAUAAUUGAUUGAAGUACUCCUUAAUUGUACACCACUCCUAUUAUACAAGCAGUACAGCUACCGGUUAGCUUGUUUAGUUUCUUCUGGAGGUUCUGACAUUGCUCUAUCGAACAGUUGUUUAGGACAAUUGAAGAGCUGCUAACCCAAAGGCUGGUGUUUCCUCUGGUAAAGAUGAGAUAUUCUGUUGCACCUGCAGGCUAGGACAUAAUACUGAUAAAAAUUCAUUAGCAAAAAACCAGUACUUAUAAUUACUGUUCUCUUUUCUGACUCGGGAUAGUAUUGGAAUGUGUUUAUGAAGGAGAGAAGACAACUGAAGGGGUAGUUCUUUAUCUAAGAAUAGCAUCGUGCUUGGUAAUGGCAUUUUCAAAACGAUUUCUGAUUGUGAUAAAGGGACUAAACAUUUUCCAUAUCUCACUCUGUAUCUCUGGUGACUUUCCCUUACAAAAAACAGGGUAGGAUGAGGACAAUUUGCAUAUCAUCUGUUAUCUCAGAAGAAAUUGUGCGUAUCCUCUAGAGAAACUGAUAAG